AUGGAAGGAAGGGGGGGUGGGGGCCUGAGCGGGGCGCGCGCACGCGGAGGAGCUCGCGCUCCUGGAAGGGCGGAGGGAGGACGGGGGCGAGCGGCGCGCCUCCUGGGGUCCCGCCAGCGUCGGGAGAAAAGGAGAGGCCGUUUGAGGCGCAGAGCGCCUGACCGGGAACUCGAGCGUCGGGUGCACGCGCACGAGGGCGAGCAGGCGCGGGCGGUUUCUGGGCAACCGCCCCUCCCCGCGCGGGAUCCGCGCCAGGCCGGGCCUGGGUCGCACGCGCUCCUCCCUCGCCUCCGCGGCCCCGCCUCCUCCUGUCCCCUGAGCCCGGCGCUCGGUCAUGUGAGGCCCGACAGCGCUGACCCCGGCUUCCCAGGGCAGGGCUGGCUCGAGAGGGAGAAAGGCCCGGGCGCCGGACCGGGAGCGGCUCCAGGUCUCCGGCGGCUGCGCGUGACCUGCAGCGCCCCGACUGGGGUUGAAAUCUGGGCUCCCGGCUCGGCCGCGGUCCCGGAUCUUAGCCGGGUCUCCAGACCCGCCGGCCCCUGGGGCUCGGCCCGGGGGUCCCUUCGCAGGUCGGGGCUUUGCUUGCUUUGCAGACCUCUGAGCGGGUCGCCUCACACCUUCUCCGCCUCGCGUUCCCGGCUUGGAUCUUUCCUCUCUGCUCUAAAAAGCGCCUCGGCGGGUUUGUUUCCGUUUUUAGCCUCCCGUGCCGGCGCGCUGUCAUCGACCUUCCUUCAGCCGCGGGGGGGACGUGUUUUCUGUAGAGUAAACAUGAAGCCUUGGAGCCCCGUCUGUAUACCAAACAUUUUCACUUCAGUAACGGGGAACAAAGUCUCUGGAACAUAACGCGGCUCCGCGUGGUUGUUUACACACAUAUAUGCAUAUAAUGGGUUCUGAGCUGAGCUCCCAUGGUAACCCUGGGCCUGUUCCAAGUCUUCCAAUUUCAUGAAAGCAUUUAAUGUGCUGCGAUCGGUGCUGCUGCGUGCGGGACUCCUCCCACCACAUUCAUUCCGGCUUCCCCGCCCCUUCUCCCCAGGGAGACUAAUUUAAACAUUUCCGAAGUCUUAUGAAUUUUCAAGGGAGAAAGAUUUCUCACAUCAGGGGAAAAAAGGAGGUUCUGACUCAGCAGCAGAUCUUGAAGCUUGCAAAAUGAAAGGGGAGAGCGCUUUCCAUGGUACAACUCUUCAGAAGCAUUAGAGGAGGAACUAUCUUGGUGUGUUUACUUUCCUAAAGAAACAAUUAACAUCGAGAAAAAAAAUUAUUUGGGGGAGCUAGAUAAAGAAUAAGAAAGUGGUUCAUGCUACAUGAUAAGAUAUGAAUUUCAUGGUCCUGUUCUGCGAUUUGAACAGUGCUUGUUUAUUUUUUCUUGGCUCUUAAAGAAGUGAAACUACUGGAAGAAUCCUAGAAUAGAGACUCUUCAUCCCCAAAGCAUUAAGAGCAAUUCCAAGAUAAAGUUCCAUUCUAGCUAUCAAAAUCUCCAUUCUGAUUAUUAUGCCAUCCAAGGAUGAACCCAGUGACACCCACUGACAAAGAAAAACAUCUAUACAUCUUCUUCUGCUGACAAAGGAUAGCCCCAAAUACGAUAAAAAGUCUUCAGAGGACUAUCAAACUACAAACCAGAACCCUUGAAUCUUGAAGACGAUUGUACAAAAAUGUAGCUUAUGAGGGGUAACAAUGUGAUUGGGAAAGCCAUAUGGACCACACUCCCCUUUGUCCAAUGCAUGGAU